CUGGCAUGGGUAUAGGCGCGAUGGACAGUUGCGGCCGUUGUAUGAAGGUGUCGCUCAUCGCGAUCAACAUUUUAAUAUUUAUAAGCGGUGGUGUGGCGCUGGGCAUGGGCACGUGGGUGUGGGUGUCGCGGUCGUUCUCAACCACGCUGAUGAGCAACAAUAUGUUCAUAGCGUCGGUGGGGGUGGUGCUGGUUUCGGGCGCCGCUAUGAUGCUGCUUGCCGUGCUUGGCUGCUGCGGAGCCGCCAAAGAGGUCAAAUGUAUGCUACUCACGUACUACAUAUUGAUGUUCAUAAUUUUCGUGGUGGCGCUAGUGGGCGGCAUAUUGCAGUUUGUGUUCCGUGAAAAGGUGCACAGUACCCUGGACCGGGAGAUGUUCGCCGCAAUCCCGUAUUAUGGCGUAAAACACGAGUACACGCGGGCGUGGGACGACACGCAGACCUUCCUGCAGUGCUGCGGAGUUCGCAGUCAUAAUGACUGGAACGACAAUGUCCCUGACAGCUGCUGCAAGGAAGUCUAUCCUGGGAAGAGAUUGGACUGUAAGAGCUCCCCUAACCCCACCACCAUGUAUACAGACGGUUGUCUAGAGAAGACUAUCAGCUUCUUACGUGAAAACGCCGUCAGUGUCGGAGUUACCGCGAUUGUAACAACUAUUGUUAUGUUGCUGGCGUUAAUAUUUUCAUGCGCGUUGUUCGUGAAGAUAGAGUGACGAUAGUGCGACAGAGAGGACGCUAUCAGUAUAAUUUUCUUGUUUCAAUUGACUGAGUGAUUGACGUUGUUUGUGAAUCAGCUGCGGCUGCGUAUGCGGUGUCAUAAUAUUUUAUUACAUUUUCUAAUUUAUUUAACAAUUAGAGAUACGUAUGAAAAUAAACGGUAUUAAG